CUAUUCCAAACACUUUCAUUUUUGUCCAAAACUAACGUUUUCCCCAUAACAAAUACCAAUGUUAAACAGCAAAAUGUCACAAAUCCAAAACGUGGAAAUGAUUGGUUGAGUUCUUCUCGUGAUUUCAAGGUUCAGCAAGGGCAAAUUGGUCAUCAAGGGCACCACAUGAUUAUAUAAUAUAUCUUAUCUACCAUGUCUUCUAAAGGCUCAGCUGAUUUUCCAAAGCUAUCACCACUACUCGUCAUGGAUGCAGAACAAGUCUUGAACCUCUUUGAUUCAUGCUGGUUUGGGCCUCAAACUUCGAAGGAACGCACAAGUUCAUCAACCCCGACAAAUUCUCAAGAAAAUUCAGAUCAUCAAAUAAAAGAAGAACCAUCAGAACCAAUGCUUUUGCGCUUCCAAAGCACUCACAACAGGUCCAUGAGCGACCAGUUGAGUUCCAUGACAUGUUUCAACGAUGAUUCUCUUUCCCCAGACUCGGUUUUCUCACCAAAACUUCUAACCAUUCUCUCGGGAAAAGAUGUCACGGACUCAGAAGCACAGGAGCAUGAAGUGUUGCCUAAGAAGAGGGAAAGGAAGAAGAAAAGGCAAAGCAAGAGUUUGUCAGACCUUGAAUUUGAGGAGUUAAAAGGGUUCAUGGAUCUGGGGUUUGUUUUCUCAGAGGAAGAUAAGGACUCAAGUUUGGCUUCGAUCAUUCCUGGCUUGCAAAGAUUAGGAAAGAGUGACGAGGAAGAAGAGGAUUGUGAUGGGUCUGCAGUCCAAAGACCUUACCUCUCAGAAGCAUGGAAGGUUCAAGAAAAAAGCAAGAAAGAGAACUCUCUCGUGAACUGGAAAAUUCCUGCUCUGAACAAUGAAAUUGAUAUAAAAGAUAGUCUCAGGUGGUGGGCUCAUACUGUUGCUUCCACUGUUAGAUGACGAAGUUGUGUAAUUCCAGUUUUUCUUGUACUACAUAUUUUUCUUGUAUCUGAGAAAUUUUGUUUAACUUUUUGCUAUAGCAGCUUUUUAACCUUUUUUCCGUCAGGAAUUUCUGGAAUUCAACAUUGUAAUUCAGACCAAAGGAGGGAAAUGCAUCUCAGCUUUUAAGA